AUGGAUUCUGAAGGUAAUUUUGAUUGUUUUAUUUGUCAUGCACAUGCAACUGGUUUCCAUUUUGGUGCCCAAUCAUGCCAAGCUUGUUGUGCAUUUUUCAGACGUGCUGUUAGUCUUAAACGGGAGUAUAUUUGCCAACAAAAGAAAAAAAGUGAAUCUAAUACUAAAGAGUUUGACAAAAAUGAAGAGAAUGAAGAAUCAGAAAAUUCUUCAAGUAUUUUAUGCGAUAUUCAUUUUAAACAAAAAAUUCUUUGUCGUUCUUGCCGAUUUCAAAAAUGUUUAACUGUUGGAAUGAACCCAAAUAAUGUCCAAACACCCCAAAAAACUAAUAUUAAUGCAAAAAAUGGAAGAAAUUAUUUUACAAAAUCUGGACUUGAAAGAAAUAAAAAAUUUGCUAAAGGAGCUCUUAAAGUAUUUGAGAAAAUAGAUAUCAUAACUGUUUCUCCAAAUGAAUCUACCAGUAGCAGUUCUUCCCUAUCCCCAUCAAUUCAUUCCCCGUCUUCAUCUUCUACUAAUUGUUCUUCUACAAAAAGAGGAAAUACCCCCUUAAAUUUAUCAAUUCAACAACCCUCCCCUUUAUUUUCUUCUUCAUCAAUUAAUAAUAACAAUUAUGAUUUACUUUCAUUAUUAGUGAAAGAGGAAAUGCGGAUUGCAGAAAGGAGGCGAAUUUUGUUUUGUGAACGGCCAGUUGCUUGUUUAUUGGGAGAAAGCAAAAAUUGUCCAUUUACACGUGAAGACAUUAAACCAUUAUCAUUCCAAGAAUUUAGACGUUCAAUACGAACACAUAUUUUAUUAGUCUAUGAAUGGUUACGUGUUUGGCCGGCCUUUUCUGAUCUUAAUAUGAAAGAUAGAGUAACCCUUUUACGUAAAUGUGUUUUAUACCACACAGUUUUGGAUCCUUGUUUUUUAACUAUUCAAAUGGGUGAUUUAGAAAAAUUUGUUUUACCUAAUGGUGGUUAUGUUUCUACAAAAUUCCCUCCCUUAGAUGAAGGUUGUUGGGCUGAUGAACCUGAAAUAUCACAUGAAACUAAAAUUAAAAUUUAUUGGCCUCUUCUCGUUCCUUUAAUGAGUGGGUGUGUUUCACCUAUGCUUAAAUUAGGAUUAAAAUAUGAGGAAUUUGUGGCAUUAAAAGCUAUUGUUGCAUUCCAAAUGACUCUUCCCGAUAUAUCAUUUACUGGACGUGCAUUAGUUAGUCGAGAAUUAGAUUCUCUUUGUUCUUCUCUUUAUAAAUUUUAUGGCAGCCAAACAGAAUUUAAUUCAAAUCAACUAGAAAAAGCUGAGCGUUUUGGAAAUCUUAUUUUAUUAUUAACACCGAUUAUUGAUACAGCAAAUACUUUUGUUGAAAGUCAUCAUAUAGUUCAAUUUUUUGAUCUCUGGCAAAUGGAUUCUUUAAUGUUACAGUUUUUACAAAAUAAAUCUACAUAA